GUUUUUGUCUGCUUUAGCCUUUUUAUACACACAUUUUCUUACAACACACAAACACAAACUCUUACUUCAUCACUUUAUUUAUAUAUUCAUCACCAAUCUUUUAUUUACACAAAUCCAAUUCUACUUCCCUUCCCCUUUUACCCCUUUCUUCUGUUCCUUUUAUCCUUUCCCUUUUUUGUCAACAGUCUUCUUCCUUUCUUAUACAGUUCACAAACUUCUCACACCAUUAUAUAGCAUAAAACUUAUCUGUGUUUGUUUUAGAUCUUUGCAGUUUGGUUUUACAGUUGAUCAGAAUCUUCUUAAUUUUCAACAUAGUCUACUGAAAUUAAACAGUUGAAGUUGUGUAUAAAAGUUGCUACUUGCAUCCAUUGUGGAUGUGGAGGAAUUGAAGGUUGACCUAGGUGAAAUGAGGGAUGUUAUCGAGGUUGAUAUCAUUCCUGAACGCCUGUUGGCGGCCAUCUUCAGACCGUUAUUCUCACUCAGGUUCGGAUGCAGCAGGACGACAAGAGGGGCUUCUUUGGUAUAAGGAUACUGGGAAGCAUAUUAAUGGUGAAUUUUCUAUGGCUGUUGUUCAAGCAAAUAAUUUGCUUGAAGAUCAAAGCCAGAUAGAGUCGGGUUGUUUGAGUUUUCUCGAUUCUGGCCCUUACGGAACAUUUGUUGGAAUCUAUGAUGGCCAUGGAGGGCCUGAGACGUCGCGCUAUAUCAAUGAUCAUCUCUUUCACCACCUCAAAAGAUUUGCUGCGGAGCAACAGUCAAUGUCAGUUGAUGUGAUAAGGAAAGCAUUUCAAGCAACCGAAGAAGGGUUCUUCUCCAUUGUUGCCAAACAGUGGCCCAUUAAGCCCCAAAUUGCUGCUGUUGGGUCUUGCUGUCUAGUUGGUGUCGUUUGUAAUGGUAUCCUUUACAUUGCCAAUCUUGGGGACUCUCGUGCUGUGCUUGGAAGGACUGUCAAGGCGACUGGUGAGGUUCUUGCCAUCCAGUUGUCCGCAGAACACAAUGUUAGUAUUGAAUCUGUUAGACAAGAGAUGCACGCUAUGCAUCCAGAAGACUCAAAAAUUGUAGUUUUGAAGCAUAAUGUAUGGCGGGUAAAAGGCUUGAUACAGGUGUCUAGAUCUAUUGGUGAUGUAUAUCUAAAAAAGGCGGAGUACAACAGGGAGCCUUUAUAUGCUAAAUUUCGCCUCCGAGAACCUUUCAAGAAGCCAAUUCUGAGCUCGGAUCCAACGAUUUCUGUGCAUGAGCUUCAGCCGCACGACCAGUUCGUUAUAUUUGCUUCUGAUGGUCUCUGGGAGCACCUAACCAAUCAAGAAGCAGUUGAUAUUGUCCAAAGCAGUCCACACAAUGGAAGUGCUAGAAGACUGGUAAAAACGGCAUUGCAGGAAGCCGCUAAAAAACGAGAGAUGAGAUACUCUGAUUUGAAAAAGAUAGACCGUGGCGUUCGUCGACAUUUCCACGAUGAUAUAACUGUUGUCGUCGUGUUCCUUGACUCAAAUCUAAUAUCGAGAGCUAGCUCAGCUAGGGGCCCAACUUUAUCCCUUAGAGGUGGCGGUGUAAGUAGUCUCCCGGCCAAAACUUUAGCUCCUUGUGCCACGCCCAUGGAUGUCGGUAACAGCUGAUGGAAGUUUCACCCUUUUUUUCUUGUCAUGCUAUUAUCUUUGUUGUAUCUAAUAGCCCAAACCUUUUUUUUCAGACUUCUGAUCAAGUUAUAAACUAUUUAGAAAGAUAAAAUGGAAGGUUAUGAUCUUUUAAUUUAAAUUCUUUAAAUGUAAAAUGUAACAUUAUAACUUUGAGAUAUUAUGUUAAAUUAUUUCAUGAGCAGAAUGAAAAAGGAAAGAAUCUGAUGAAGGAACCCUGAAAAAUGAUGAGUUAAUCAUUGUUUGGGACAUCCCAGUACUGAUCUUCGAUUCCACGAUCUCGAAACUGUUAAUAUAUGUAUUUCUGGAUUUUUAUGCAUGCAGCUGAACAUUAGUUUAUGAUGAUCGAAAGGCAAAUCAUAUUAUACAGAAAGUCGGUCAUAUCUUUAUUGAAGAAGAUAACGAGGUUACGGCCAGUGAGAUCAUCGGCUCAUGUCUAGAACUUUGUAUUGUGAAAUAACAAAUUAACAUUGAAAGACAAAGAAGAUCUACUUUCGUAUGGGUGAUGAUUACCCUAGUAGGCAAGCAAGAGCGCUUAGAGGUGUUCAUUCGGGUCAUCCGGUUGAUUUGAAUUAGGUUUUUCGGGUGGGUUUGAAUUCGGGUUUUGUGUUUAUAUUGUUUUUUACAUAAUUGUAAUUAUUUUUUCAAGUCGGGUUAAAUCGGCUUCGACUACAAGGUCGAGCAAAUUUCGAGUC